UCUAGCAUACUAUUGAUAAUAAUAAUAAUUUUUAGAACUUCUCCCAAUGUAAACAAAAAUGUCGGGCGAAAACUUGGCGGGGAACGCUGAACAGGAAACUUCUGAUGAUGCCGUUAUUUCAAUGGUUGAUUACUUGAAAGAAGAAGAGAAUUUAGUUGAAGAUGCUAACGCAGUUUUGGGAGAUAGCGACGAAAACCAUUGUACGUAUGGAAAGGGCUAUGUUGGAAGACAAGCAUUGUAUGCAUGUUCAACUUGUGAGACAAAGGACAAGGGCCCAGCAGGUGUUUGUCUAGCUUGUAGCUAUGCUUGCCAUGAAGGUCAUGAUCUGUAUGAACUCUACACCAAAAGAAACUUUCGUUGUGACUGUGGAAAUAGCAAAUUCUCUGACAUUAAGUGUAAACUUCAGUCAGAUAAAGAGGAACAUAACAUAAAGAAUCAGUAUAACCAAAAUUUCAAGGGACUGUACUGUGUCUGUGAACGCCCCUAUCCUGACCCUGAAGAUGAGAUAGAGGAUGAGAUGAUUCAAUGUAUUGUUUGUGAAGACUGGUAUCAUGGGAGGCAUCUUGGAGACUGUAAACCUCCCAGUAACUUUCAGGAGAUGAUAUGUAGAGGUUGUAUGAGUAAACAUGAGUUCUUAUGGGCAUAUAAUGUUCACAGUAAAGAAAUACAGGCACUGAAGUCAGACAGCAGUACCAGUGAGGUUACAGUAGAUACAAGCAACAGCGAUGUGUCUGUUGAUACAGCAGUAAAGUCUGAAAACAGUGAUAGCUCUGUGAAUGGUAGUUCAGAGGUUAAAGAUAAAGAAUGUGUUGAUACCAAGCCAGAUAACUGUGAUAGUAAGUGUGAUACUGGAGCUUCUGAUACAGAGCAGUGUUUGUUGGAGGAUCUGAAUGCAAGGGAGGUCACUGUGAAAGAAUCAGCAACUUUCUGGCCAGAAGGAUUUAGAUCUAAAUUAUGUGUCUGUACAGCGUGUAAGGCAAUGUACAAAGAUCAAGAUAUAGAGUUUAUAGUAGAUGAGAGUGACUCUGUAUUAGCAUAUGAGAAAAGAGGAAAAGAUAAAAGAUCUCCUUCGUCAGAGGCUGACCAGGAAAAGAGGGUUCUGGAGGGCAUGGAUAGAGUACAACAGAUAGAAAUGGUCCAAGGGUUCAAUGACAUGAAAUCGGCACUUAGUGAUUACCUGAAGAAGUUUGCAGAGAAUGGUAAAGUGGUGCGGGCUGAGGACAUUCGUGAGUUUUUCUCUCAGAUGGAGCAAAGGAAGCGCCAGAAGACAGAUCAUACACCAGCUCAUUUCUGUAGAUAAUUUUUAUCAUUAUACCUAUCAUUGGCACAAGAAUAUGAGUUUAGGUGUCUUUUAUAAAGACUAAAAGAACAAUUCAUGAUGAUUUUAUUUCUUCCAAUUUUUAAUUGAUUAUUGAUUGACUCAAUGAAUUGGUUUUGGCUUUCUCUUUUCUAAUUUUGGUAUAAGUUUGGGGUUUAUGUUUUUGGAAGUUAUUUAUUGCAUUUUAAGAGUUUCAAGUAAGUAACGUCCUUUUUAUAUUAAAGAAAACUUGUACUUAUUAAUUUUGGUAUAUAUUAUCAUUAUAUCUCUCAAGUUAACUAAGUUAUUGAAUAACUGUAUUGCAAAAUAUUACAUAAAAGCAGACAUAUUUAUUUUUUUGUAAAUUCUGACUGUCAGUGUUCCAGCAUAAUUCAAUAAUUUAUCAACAUCUAGUUUCUAUUACUGUUAUAAAUGUAAAUUAUAAAGCAUGGAACAAUUUUAUUCAUACAUAAUUACAUGUAGUUACUCAAAUGUACAUUAUUUCAUUGUGUUCAGUAUUGAAGAUGUUUACAUCCUUUUGAUCCAUGUUUUGUAAUAAUAAAAUAUAGUUUUGUCAUUCUCAGCAUCUGAAUGAACUUUGUUUUUAAAGUUAUUUUAAAUAGGUAAACUUGAUCAUCAUUAUUUUUAACAAUCUUUCUGGUGCAUGUAGAUUUUUGUCUGUUGAUAUAUUAAAUGUCCAUGUGAUAAAUAGUUGAAUAAAGUUUAGUUAUUAAAA